CAAAAGUAAUGGAUAUAUUUGCUUGUAACAUAGAAUAGUAUAUACAAUAGAAUAUUUUGUAUAGAAUGUUUAUAACAUUAUAAUAAUUUUUUUCCGCAAUUUUACAAUAUGACCUGGCAUACAAAAAUGCAUGAAUCUUCGAAUAUCUUAAUACUAGGAAAAGCGCAUUCUCGUGUGUUACAUAAAUUAUACAUACAUUUAGGCACAGCUAUUAAGACCACACAAUUAUCACUUUAGUUCAUCAGUUUCUGUCAAAAGCUUCGAAUUUUGUCUUCAAAUCUUAAAAAGUUAAAAAGACUGCACAGUUUGUUUAAUUUGCUGGAUUUUAAGUCAGACAGACUUUGUAAAGACAAUUAAUAUGGCAACCUUCCAGCUUAAUUUGUGGAGAAAUGUAUAAUUCGUUUUUUAUUUUGUACCAUUACAAAUUAUGAUAUUUAACAUGAAAAGAUAAAUAAAUCUUCGUCGCAGCUGAAUAGCAAAAUCUUAUCUAAAGAAAGGGCAAAAAGCAGGUAUUGACAGGAAUUAAACAAGCACUAUAAAUACGUGUCCUUCAAUCUUAUCUCUUCAUUUAUUUGAUAACACUGUUUAUUUAGUUAUAUUUCUACAUUGACUUAAGAGCUGUUCAAAUAGGUAAAUAUAUAAAAAUAUUGUACCUUGAUCCGUUUUGCUUGUGAAGUGAAGUGUACUAAAGUAAACAAAGACUUUAUGGUAACUCAUUGAACAGAGUAAAAUUUAUUGAACAUUUUAAUACCGAUUUUUUUUUGUAUGUGUGUGCGUAUUAUUUUAGGAGAGUGCAUUGUUAUUAAUGGCGUACUGAAAGAUAGUCUUGAUUAAUCCAGAACGAUAAAACUUCAACUAAGUAUGCUUCGGUCUGUCUGUUUUAAGAACUUCGUGAAGUUUAAAGAACAUCAGAGGAUGGACUUUUCAAGUGAUGGGCCUUUUAUCCUUAUCGGGGAAAAUGGUUCAGGCAAAAGUUCCGUUUUAGAAGGUAUCAGGCGGUGUUUGGAAUUGAACCUGAGUACAUCAUUUUCCUCAGUGUAUAAUCCAAAUGAGAUUUCUUAUUUCAUUUGCAAUGUUGAAGCUGUUAUUUCAAAAAAUAAGAAAAAUGUAAUAUUCGGUAUCGUGUCUAUACCUGGAGAUACGGAGCAAAGUACAGAAAUGCAAAGACGUAAUACCGAAGAAAUGAUGGAAGCUGAACAUUAUUCAGACGAAUCUGAAAUAGAAGGAAAGCACAUUGGACAUAGGAAGAUGAGUGUUGACGAAGACAAAAGAAGUCCAACUGGACGCAGAAAACUAAAUGUUGAGGAAGAAUUGGCAAUCCAACAAGUAAAACGACAAAGAGUUCCAAGCAUAGAAACGCGUAAGUCUGAAAACAUGGCAGAAAAAAUGAAGAGCAAUGAUUUUAUUCCGUCUUUAGAAUCUCAAAGACUUUUACCUAGAAAGAAUGCAACAGGAAGUAGCAGAUGUCGGUAUUAUAAGUUUGCCUCAUUAAAAGAUAAUACAAUAUUGAUUAAUUUAAUUGAUCAAUCAAUAAAUUCUAAUGGGGAAGCAGACCUGCUCGCCGUUUCUGAAAGUUACAUGCCAUCCAACGAUCAUCAAUUCAACAAAACUUUGUCAAAACAAAAUCCCAACGAAAACGAUAUAGAUACUUCCAUCAAGUCGAUAUUUGGAAACCUUCACAAUGUCCCAAAAACAGCUCCAGAAGAAUUAGAAACAUUAUUGUGCUCAUUAACAGAGCAGUUUGUAUUUACAUUUCCCCUGCGUUCAAUUGGUCCUUUACAGUGGUCUAAAAGUAAUCGUAUCGAUAUACGGAAACGGGAGAUAAAUUACAAAGAAGCUGAACAGAGAUGUGAAAUAAUAAAAUAUUUCUUAAAAAACGGCGAAGAGUUUGACAAGGACAAGGAACAAAAGUAUUUCAGACAGUUACUAUUGAAAGAGUCUGAUGACUACAAUUUCAAGUUAGACAAUGAUGACAAGAUCCAUUUAUCAGAGGGUGAGUUUGCUUUGCUAAAAACACCAGAAGGAAUUUUAGAAGCAAAGGCAUUCUCUAUCCUUAUUUCAAGUAGGAAAUUCAAGACCAUAUUGCUUGAGGAGCCAGACAGAGGAAUGCACCCACAAUUUAUGCAAAGAAUGAUUCAAAUAAUGAAAGAAGAGAAAAACAACAAAAGAGUAAUACUAACAACACACCAGAAAGGGUUUGUUACACCAUGGACAGUACCUGACAUAUUCGUUUUUAGGCACAGCGGAAAAGAAAAUCAAAUAAUAUCCUGCAAGUCUAUACUUGGGGACGAAAAAGAUGUUAAUAUGAAGACAAUGAGAUUAUUAACAUCGCAUCAUGUGCCAGACAUUUUAUUUGCAAAGAAAGCUUUGUUUUAUGAAGGUGACUCUGAACAACUUUUUCUCGAAGAACUUAAGAGUCAAAUUCUGGCUGGGGAAAGUAGUAUCACCUCAAAACUGUUAAAUGCAGAUAAUGUUGUCGCAGCAAACAAUCAGCUGAAGGAGUGUCUGAUGGAUUAUACGUUAAUUAAAAUGAACAGUAAGGACAAUCGUGAGUUUUAUACAAUAGUAGCUGACAAUCUUAAGCUGGAUUAUUUAGUUGUUGUAGAUCGGGAUGCUGUUCCGGGUAUACUUGGAAAAAAUAAACCAAAAGACAUUAGGAUACAUGAAAGGGAAGCAGCAAAGUCAAGAUCACAGGCCGAAUGGAAAGUUAUCAGAAACUCACUAAUGCAAUCAAACCAUAUCAUUUUUUGGUUAGAUGGCAGCAUUGAAGAUAUGGUAACAGUGAUGUGUGAUGGAAACAGUGAUCUUAAAGCGUCCCUUAUAAAGCAAAAAGUGAUAGAUAAACAAGACAAGACUUCCCAUGACGGUGUUCGGCGUAGUCAAAUUUAUGGAAAAAAACUUUUUCUACAUGACUGCAUUGACAUUGGGAAUGUUAUAGAGAGUGUAAGAUCCAUUUUGGCUCACUGCAACCCAGACAACGAUCUUGCUGAUUUUAUUAAUAUUCUCGCGAAACAAACCCUAUAAAAGAGUUUACUAAUCAUUCCUAGGUAGCUUGAAAUAUAUAGAUAGUAUUUGCGAUUUAUUAAAAUCACAGCAUCAAAAUGAUAUUGCUGUAAAGACAAUGAUUACAUAACAUAUGAAAACAUUUCUUCAGUCACAGCGACACUGAUGUAAAAUGUUGCACUUUUUCGUUUCUCUCAUUGUUGUUAUAUUGUUAUAUUUUUUCUGGUUCGACGUGAUGUUUCAAAUACAUUGAGGAUUGAAUACGCCGGUGCUAGGGAUAUGAGAGUUGUUGUAUAAUAACAUUGUAUGUUGUACUGUAUAUAUGAACAUUAAUGAUAGAAUACAAUUAUAGUGAAAUGAAUAAUACUUAAAUCUUUUUUAAGAUAUUAGAUAAAUUGUUCAUGUCAAGUUGUUUCCUCAAUAAAGAAGGUUAGUGAAGAGAUCACAAUGAUUCGAGUGUUUACAAAGCUUAAAUGAUUUUGAAAAACAAUUUAAACUUUUUAAUACAGUUUAAAUAAAAGAAGUAAUUCAAUAUUAACUAAGCUGAUUAAAAAACAAAAUUGCUGACAAAGAGUCCAGCUCUAUGUUCGAUGAAUUAUUUAUCUUUCUAUUACUAAUAUACAUUGUAUUUAUUUCGUUCAUGUUUUUAUAUUUUAUGUUGAUGUCUGAGUUAUUAAAAUAUACACUGAGAAAAUACAA